CGAUGGACCGCUCCUCCUCCUCGAUAAUAUCCCGGCGAACACUGCCCACACUCUUCGUUCUCUCCUCCCUCUGGGCUUGUUGCGUGCUCAGCUUCGCCACAGCCGCCGCCGGUCCGGAUCCCGAUGAGCGUCCAUUCAUCCCACGGCCUUUCCUGAUCAGGAAUGCCUCCUCCUCCUCCUCCUCUUCCUCCUCCUCCUCGCUGUUCGCUUCGUCGAAGUCCAAUCACAAAACCAGCUCGCGCUUUCAUCCCCAUCCCCAUCCCGAUCCCGAUUCCGAAUCCGAGUCCGAAUCCGGAUCCGGAUCCGGAUCCGGAUGGGCUAAAGAAGGAGGAGAGGGAGCAGGAGGAGGUGAUGGACGCGGAAGUGGCAAUCAUGGGCGUGGAGGAGGAGGCGGGGUCGCCGUCCAGUUUCUUGAAGAAGACAGGGACCGGUCGCGCGCUUCGCAGGCCGCGCCUUCAUGCCUCAGGCUCCUUAAGCCUUCAUUAUUCGUUGUCGACAACAUUAAUAACGGCCCGAGAGUCAUUCUCCUCCAUGCCCCUGAGUCUCCGUUCAACUCCGCCCCCUCUGUCCUUAACGGUUCCUCCUCCUUUUGGUGCGAAUCCCUUGUCCGCGAUAUCGUCUUCCUUCCGCCGACUACCAAACUAUAUUACAUCCUCGAUCAACGGUGCAUCUCUGUCAACGAGACUCGAUACAAAUGGGUGAAUAUUCGGUACAGAGUAACCACUCAUUGGCUGAUCUCUGUCCGUCAAGCAGAUGUCAAUCCGACGGCGACGGAUCGAGGCCAAGGCCCAUCGUCGGCAGGAGGAAAUGGAGGAGGGGGUGGAGACGCGGGGGGAAUGGACGGAGGAGGAGGGGGGAUGGGCGGAGGAGGAGGGGGGAUGGGCGGAGGAGGAGGGGGUGAUGACGGGGGGUUAAUUAGCUACUGGUGGCCAGUCGACGUUCCCGAGGGAGGAAAGAUCGCCUUCCCUUCCAUCUAUAAAGCCGGAGAGAACUUGUCAGCCAUAGCAAUCCUGAACGGCUUGGACCUUGCUAACGCCAGUUCCAAUCUAGUUAUCGGCUUCUCCAAUGCGAACGACAGCGACGGCACUUCCUCCCUCCCUCCCAAGAUUGCAUCUUUAUCGAUCGCCGACGGCUCGCGGUCCACCAUAGCCACUUUCGACAUAGCCAGUGCCAUCGAAGGUCUAGCGUACGACACUGCAAAGACGAAGCUCUUCGUCUCUCCGGACGUGUCGGACGGCGAUCAAAGCCGGGGAUCCAUUGUUUCCGCCGCCGUUAACGCUGUCGGGACCCCGGUCGACAACUCGCAAACGGAGCCUGACGGCGGCGCAGGGGCGGGGGGCUGGGGGGGGGCGGGGGGGKUUACGAUCGCGACACCGCCUGCGAUCCCGGCACCGGCGGUCGUUAACGACAGCGCCACUGCGGGAGUUGCGUCAAUUUCAAAUUACACCCUCUCUUCGGCUUAUUUCACCCCCAAUAGCUUGUCCUCCACCGCUAAGUGCCUUUAUUUCAUUGAUAAGUGGAACGAUAGGGUGUUCGGACUCGAUCUUGCGACCUCUCAGGUGAGGGGGGUGGCUGGGAGGGGGUAUGAGAAUGCCCCCGACGUCUACGGGGUCCGUCAAGACUCGCCGCAUUACGCUUGGAGAGACAUAGCCGCUUCGCCCGAUGGGUGCAAUGUGUUCGUCACCGACCGGUCGGCGGGCUCCGGUCGGCUGCUCUGGAUCAAGCUCGACUCCGCCUGCGGCGCGGCGCGCAGUGUCGAGGUGGCGGCGGAAAUGCUUGGCAGCGAAUUUGCUGGCUUCGGAGGACUAGCUAUUCGUGAAUACAAUCGGGAUCUGUACCUGUACGUCGGGACAAACGACGGCCGACUCUUUGAGCUCCAGAUAGACAAGUCUCAAUUGCACGUGUGCUCUCGAGCCACUGGCAGUAGCUGGGGGAACAAAAAACAAUCAUCGAUGAUCGGUAAGGUGCUUAAAUUGGGGGUCAUCGUUGCAGGAUAUUUUUUCUCGACGAGCUUCGUCGUGCUGUAAGUCGGGACGGGAUCGCAUAUUCUAGAUGAGGGUUGUUGUUGUUGUUGUUUUGGGACCCUCCCUAAUCCUUGUACGGUCGGGCUAUCCGCAAAAACAGGGUGACCCCGGCGGCUGUCUCUUAUACACAUCUAGAUGUGUAUAAGAGACAGAAAUGGUGUUGAGUUUCCUAAACUGCACGUCUCCACAAACACGUCCAGAUUCAGGCGUUGAGGUAGCUCAACGCUGCUACUGGGACUUUGCCCCGGGUCAGAGGUCCGACUGAUGCUAGGCUUAUGCUGGGGACGUACGAACCUGGUCGCUAUUACGGCCACGUUAUGCUUUAACAAAUAUGAACCUAGCAC